AUGACUAGAUUUGAAAAUUGGAGCAAAAAGUUGUACAGUAUGGGAAGUGACAAAACGAAGAAACGUGAAACGGCAGCCGUCAAGAAAGGCAAGGCUGCUGAGAAAACGAAACAAGCGGAUGUAAAGAAAACUAAGAGAAAGGAAUCCGAGAAGCAUUCUAAUCCCGCCGUCAAGCCAGCUAAGGUUGCUAAAAUACCUGAAAAGAAAAGUAAUCCCAAAAAGGCAAAUAAACGCUCAAAAGUAACGGCCCCUCCUACUCCCUCGGACAGCGACAGCGAUGAUUCCUCAGAAGAUAGCUCGAGCGUCGAAGAAGUUACUGAUCCGACUCCUGUAGCGGAUACUUCUGACAGCGAUAACUCCGAUUCUUCUGAAGAGGAGGCCGCUGAAAAAAUGCAAGUCGAUAGCGAUUCUGAAUCGUCGAGCGAAGAUUCAGAUAGCGAGAGUGAAGAUAGUAGCAAGGAAAUAAGCAAGGUAGCUACGAAGGUAAAAGCCGAUAAAAGCAGUAGCACAAGCGAUGAUGAUGACGACAGUAGCGAUGAAUCAGACUCAAAUGUUCAACCUGUUGGUGAGGAUGCCAGCAGUGAUGACGAGAGUGAAGAAGACAGUGAUGAUUCCGAAGACGAUAGCGAAGAGGAAUCAACAACGAAAGAUACCCCUGUAGAAAAGUCUAAAGAAAGUGACGAUGAUUCUGACAGUGAAAGUGAAGACUCUGAUGAAUCUAAUAAUGAUGACAGUUCAGACGAUGAUUCAGAUGAUAGUGAUGCAGAGGUAAAGAGCAAAGAGGCUAAAAUCCAAGCAGACGCCAGCGAUGACUCUAGUGAUAGUGAAGAUUCAGAAUCAGAUUCCAACGAACAAACGAACGAGAAAGAAAAUGGUAAAAAAGUAGCUGACAAGGGUAAUAAUUCUGGUUCCAAAAAGCGAAAAUCAGAAUUUAAUGAUGCUACUCCGAGCUUCAAGCGUUCGAAAGAAGAAGAAGAAGAAGAAGGCGGAAAAACUGUAUUCAUUGGUAAAAUAUCUUAUGAUACCGAUACAGACAGUUUAACUAAUUUUUUUACAAGUAACGGUUUGGAGCCUGCUUCCGUUAGAAUUAUUACCGAUAGAAAUACUGGGGAUUCGAAAGGAUUUGGCUAUGCCGAUUUUGAGACUGUAGCGGAUGCUCAAAAUGCUAUCAAAUUAGAUGGAUCUGAGUUGGAUGGAAGAAAUCUAAGAAUAAAUGAUGCUAACGCAAAGCCAACUACACCAUCUCAACAACGCCGUAGUUUCUCAAAUCCAUCGAGCGGAGGUAGAGGAGGCGGUGGUGGCAACAGUGAACCGUCUACCUGCCUAUUUGUAAAAAAUUUAUCUUAUAAUACUACCGAAGAAACACUACAGAAGCUAUUUAAAGAUUGCAAAAAUGUUAGAAUAGCAACAGACAGAGAAACUGGUAAACCACGUGGUUUUGCGCAUAUAGAUUUUUAUGACUCCGAAGCCACCUCGAAAGCUCUAAAAAAUAUGCAGAACAAAAGUAUAGAUGGACGAAAUAUAUUCCUAGAUUUUGCCGGACAAAGAUCGAAUUUUUCCCCAGGUGGGGGAGGUGGUCGACCACGACGUGGAUUUAAUAGAUCCUUUGGACAGCAACGUGGUGGAGGCGGACAGCGAGGAUUCUCAAGGCCUAGAGGGUCUGGUCCUCCAGCUUCAAAAAAAGGAUCUAUUCAGGAAUUUCGAGGAACUAAAAUCUCUUUUGAUUAA